UCCAACUUUAUUCCUUUCUUUAAGAAAACAGUUUUUAUUUGCUUGGAGUCACACAGCCAACAAAAAAAAAUACCCGCAAAGGUUUCCUCAAAUAAAUGGAUUUGGAUAAGCACUAGUCUAAUUCUCUAGACCUGUUUCCUCAUACCUUCCUUAACAUUGCAUCUGUACGGCAGGGAGCUGUGCUGUGCUUCUGCAAGGCAAAGACAUGGGACGUGUGUGUGGGCUGCGACCUGCUCCAGGACGUCCAGGGCUUCUCCCCUGUGAUGCGACAGUAUUCCCAGAGCCCCUCGGCCAGUCGCAGCGCUGCGGGCCAGGAAACGAGGACCGCUGGCUGCGGGGAACUCGUUUCAACGUUGCUACCAGAAGUGGCUGCAAAAGUGGGUGAGUUCAGCUCAGUGAGAAACAGCACCUCCAUGCCUCAGGACGAGGGGAGCCCAGUGAUGGCCUGUCUCUCAAAUGUUCCAGCAGAAACUGCAUUAGAAACAGGAGACCUAGCAGAUCUCUGUAAGGCCUUGGAGAAGCUCCAUGAGCUCCCUGCAGGGGAGAAGGCUUUUCUACAUUCCCGCCUCCAUGAGCAGUCUCAGCUCAUCUGCAUACUAAAGAAACGAGGCAACGAAGCCCAAAUGCGUUGCAAGGCACUGGAGCAGCUCAAUGUGGAGCUGGAGGAGCUGAGGAGGAAGGAUGCUGCAAACCUGAAAAGCCAGACCCAGCGGGCUCAACAGCUGGAGGAGCGCUAUAUGGACCUGGCUGCCAUGCACGAGGACAUGAUCUACUUCAAGGAUGAGCACAAGCAUCAGAACAAGCAGCUGAGGGAGGAAAAUAAGCAUCUCAGACAGGAGAACCAGAGUCUCUUCAGCCAGGCUCUUAGGGAGAAGGAGGCCGAGAUACGUCAGCUAGCUUCCCAGGAGAAGAUGGUCUCUCAAGAACUGGAUGCCUUAAAGGAGACCUGGGCUCAAGAACAGAGAGCUCAGGAGCGAGAGAAGGAGCCGCUGGACGCUCAGAGCCAACACGCCAGUGAUCAUGCCAGGGAAGUUCAUUCACUGGGAAGCCAGGUCCAAACCCUGGAGAAGUACCAGCAAGUGAUUGCACAGCUGGAGCAGGCAGAAAAGCAGCAAAGAGUUGAGGGCAAUGAGUUGCAGGCCAAGCUGGACAGGGUGAGCUGGGAGAAGGAAGAGCUCUUGCAUUUGGCCAUGGACAGGGGCAAAAUGCUGCAGGAGAAGCAACGGGAGGUCCGGUGGCUGGAGAAGAAGUUGGAGGCUGCAGAGAAGGCUAAGCAAACUGCUGAUGAGCGCUUUGAGAGGCGAGCAGCAGUAGUGGAUAGCGGGCUGAGAGUCCAGGAGCUGCAGCGACGGCUGGAGGGAAGUGAGCAGGCAUAUAAUGAGCUGCGGAUGCAGUCUGAAGCUUACAAGAAACACAGCAUGGACUUGCUCACUAAAGAAAAAAAGCUGAAUACCAAACUCCGCAUGAUCCUCACACCUCCUUUCCUCACCCAGUUCUCAGCAGGAAUAUCUACUACUCCAGCUUUUGUGUUUUUUUGUGAUCGUACCUGAUUUCUCAUUACUGCACCUGCAGUCUUAACAAUGGGCUGGUUUGUAGCUCAUUUCUAUUAUGCUUUCAUGCUACAAAUUGGACAUCUCAAUCUAGAUGUGGCACUCUGAACCAGUAAAACAAUUUCUACUAAAUAAAGCAGGAACCGAAGAGUGGAAGGUUUGUAAGUAUGACUUGGGUUCCUCUUUGGUCCUGUCUCUUCUCAUUGCUGCAGAACAUUCAAACCAUAUUAGUUGCUUUCCUGAAUGACGUGCAGUUAUGAUGGCCCCAGAGAAAAUGCAAGCAAGAUUUGUUGAGUGAUAUGUGAUAAUAGACAAAAUGGUUGUGUGUGGGAGAGAUGUUGACCACCUAUGCACCUGAUAAACCAGGGGUACUCCACCCCAGCCAACAAGCCAGAUCCAGCCCCUGGUACCAUGCAGUCAAGUCGGUGGAGCUCCCCACUGGUCCAGGGCUCUGCAAGGUAGAUCAGGUGCAAAGGGUAGCAUGGGGCCCCAUCCUGGCACACAGAGGGUGGGCAGAAAUGGCCCGGGAAGGUCUUGUCCCCGCAGACCUCACAUGUGCAUCGCCCACACACAAUGACUAUGCUUAGCACCUGCUGCCCUUGCUCCUUCUUCACCUAAUGGGACAGGAGCAUCUUCUCCACUCCAGUCCUUUCCCCCGUGCUUGUGUUACCUCCACCUAUUUGGAGAAGCCGACGUGGCCAAGUACCAGCCAACAGGAGGUGCUGACGAGCUAUGGGAUAAUUGCCAGCCCUCCCUGCCUGAUCCCUCCGUCCUGUAGCCCAUGGAAAGCAGCAUCUUCCACCAACACCUCGCAGUAGUCGACCCUCUCCUUCUUCAAAGCCCAUCUCAAAAUCUCUCCUUCCAAGCUCAGUAGGUCUCAUUAAGGUCUCCAGCAUGAGGCGGCCUGCCUACAACCCGUGGCCUCAAAAGAUUCCCCCCAAACUCUUUGCUUGGUCCGUGGUCAAGCCCCGUGGCCUUGUGCUUGCUGAGCUGUCUGGAGA